UGUGUGUGUGUGUGCAUGUGCAUGUGCGUGUUAGAGAGAGAGAGAGAGAGAGAGAGUCAGGGAUAGAACAAACAGGCGUACCUAUUUGAAUCUGUUUGUCUUAUUGAACGGGCAGCUUGAUGUUAUUUAUAUAUUUUAGUGAAUACAUUUAGAAGUUGAACCUGUAGAGGAGAAAGAUCCAGAAAAAUUUGCACACAAAAAGUCAUCAUAUCGUGAAAAUGAACAACAUGGGUGCUCAGGCUGUGCUCACCGUCCUGCUCCUCACCAUCGGCACCGUGGAGGCUGCUGACGGAGGAGUAUCUUUCUGGAAUAUGAAAUUCACAAUGACCUGUCCAAAAGUAGGGAAUUGGUACAAGGGUAAAGUACCAUUACUUAACAACACAGUCGAUUUAACACUUUCCUAUAAUGGAAAAGGCGAUUACUACUGUCAGUAUAAAGAGGACGAUGUGGAACACAAAUAUUAUUUCUAUGUGCAAGGAAAGGUCUGUAAAAACUGCUUUGAGCUGGACCCGUAUUUGCUCAUGGUGGCCAUCAUUGCAGACUUGAUCUUCACAGUACUCGUGAUGAUGACAAUCUACCGGUGCACCAAGAAGAACAUGCCACCUGCACCUGUACCUCAUUCUUCCAAAGCCACCCCUCGUUCUGGAGGCCGGGGUCCAAAUGUCAGUGCUUCUGAAUAUGAGACUCUGAACCAGCAAACCCGCGGCCACGAUACAUACUCCCACCUCAACAGGACCGGAUAGAGACGAGUCACAUGACUGUACCAGGUCACAGGUUUAAACUCUGCACGGAUGAAGGCAAUCAUACAUGAACAACAAUCACGCUCACAGUAGCAUGGAAACUCUGGCUUUUGCUCUUAUGGAUUUAAAGGGUGGAAUCACCCACAUGGCAGAAAAAGUGUUUUUAUAUUAAGUACCAUGUAGCCAUGCAGGUAGUUUAGGUUUUAUUUGUCCAGGUAUUCUCCCACUACCCCAGUACAAUAGAAAUGAAUAGCAUUUGAAUUGUUGUGCUCACAGUAUUAAAAAUUACAUUGAAAAUAAUCAACAACAACAUGCAUUUCCAGAAUCAGUGUGCACGUUACUGUGAACAGCUUUAAUUGGAACUACUUCAUACAGAGGAAAUAGUCCCCAUGGAAACAGUUCAAAGUACAUUAUUCUGCCAUGUAGCUAUGUGGAUAUCAGUCAGCAUGAGGAGAAAAUAUGUUGUUGUUUUUUUAUUUGGAUAUUUGGAUGUACUGGCCCUUUAAUGUAUAAAUAUGGUAUUGUGUAGAACAGAGUGUUGUCAUCAUAUAAAAAUUAGAUUUAUUUUGUCAUGUCAAAUGUAGAAAUAUACCUGUUUGCUGUAUAUAUAUGUGUAUGUCAUCAUGAGUUCAGACUUUUUACACUGUAAAAAAAAAAAAUUGUCAAACUUAAUGUAAAAUGUUACUGCAACUGAUUUUGUCAUCACAUCAACUUGCUGGGGUUUUUUUGUAUGUUUUUUUUUGCUUCUGUUGUUUCUUCAUGCUCAUUUGCUGGGUUCAUCUUCUAAACAAAUGUGUGUCACUAAUAAAUAAA